UUAAAUUGAUAGCGAGGAUAGGGAAUUGUGUUUCAUAGUUUAUUUGAAAGAAAAGUACACUUUUUUUAAUUCGAUUGUGAAUGUGAAUUACUUAAUUUAUUUUGGAUUAUUUAUGACUUAUAAAUUUUAAUAUACUGGAAGAAUUUAAAUUUAUCGAUUUCCAUUUCGUUUUCUUAAAAUGAGUCGGGAUAAACGAGAAACUGAAUACCCAGUACAAUUAGAAACUCAAUUUAUAAUUAGGUUGCCUGAAGAACCUGCAAAAGUGUUAAGGGAAUUAAUAACGUCUGGCGAAAAUUUCAAAAAUAGAGUAAAAAUACAAAUACAUGACGAUUUGCGACACGGUGAACUUAGAGUUGAUCAUUGGUUGUUACAUACUAAAAUUGUAGAUUUACCAACCAUUGUAGAGUCAUGGAAAACAAUUGACAGAAAAAGUCUUUAUAAAACAGCUGAUAUUUGUCAGAUGAUGAUAUGUAAGGAAGAAUUAGAUGACACAACAGAAGAUGAGGCACCUACCAAAAAUAAAAAAAAGGAUCCAUUAAAAGUUGAUAAAAAAUAUCUCUGGCCACAUGGAAUCACUCCACCUACCAAGAAUGUAAGAAGACGACGUUUCCGAAAAACUUUAAGAAAAAAGUGUGCCGAGUCACCUGAAAUAGAGAAAGAAGUAAAGAGGCUAUUAAGAGCAGACAAUGAGGCUGUCAGUUUUACAUGGGAAGUAGUUAAGGAGGAAGAUGAGCAUGUUCCUAAAAAAGAAUCAUCUGCAAAUUCUCAGAAAGCAAAAGUAAAGAAAGAGUCUCAUAAAAAUGCAACUGUUGUUACAAAUCAACCUUCAAAGGUUGAAGACAUAUUUGGAGGAGCUUUAAGUGACAGUGAUGCAGAUGAUGAAAAUGUAAAUGUUGAUCUAGAAGACAGUAGAACAUCUGCAUAUGAUGACUCAUUAUCUGAUGUAAAUUCUGUCCUUGGAUUGCAAGCAAUGAGAAAUUGUCAUAUAACUCCAGAGACCAAGCCAGAUUUAAUUGAAACUAAAAAGAAGAAGUUCAAUCCACACAAAAGUAGUACUUCUAUGAUUAAUGAAUCUACUGUUUGUUAUGAACUAGAUAAUAUUCAGCAACAAUCAACUAGUUACAACAGCUCAAGUACACAAUUGCAAGAACUUGUAACUGAACUAGAAGAAUUAAAGCAAAGGAGACAAAGAACUCAACUUGAAAUAUCGAGGAUGGAAAAUAUGACAUUAAGACAAAGAUUUCAGGACAUAUUAAAAACAUUAAAUAAGGAAAUAGUUAUGAAAGAGAUGGAGUAUCAUAAGUUAAAGUCUAGCUCUAAAUAAACAAUACUCUUAUUCCCAGUUAAAAAAUAUCAUCUUUAUAAUCUCAAUUAUUCAUAGUUAUCUUGAUAUUAGUUACUUUGCUUAAAAUAUAAUAUUUAAAGGUCAGUAUUAAAUUAUAUAGUGUAUAAAGUUACUAUGCUAUAUGUUAAGUAGAAUGUACAUAUUUAAGCUUUAGCAACUGCACCUUACAUCUUUUAAACCUGUAUAAACCUUGGUAAUCAUGGCCAAAUUAUUAAUUACCAUUCCAUGGAAUGUUAUGUAUAAUGUUACUGAUAUGGUAAUUCAAAAUAAAGUUGAUAAAUUAAUAAAUAAUAUUGUGAUUAACUAAUACAAUACAUUCUUCAGUUGCAAUGGACAUAUCCAUCAACCACAACCUUCACGCUCGUAACCCUGUAAUUCAAUGACAAAUCUGUUUUUGAUGCAUUAUUUUCCAUAAUUAAUAUUAAGAGGAAUUUACAGGACAUGUGGAUAGACGAAUCUACGUUAGGUGCAAAAAAACCAAGCUCAUAACCCUAAAAUCUGACUACAAAUCACUUUUCCAACGUACUGAAAACUUUUUUUUAACAGUCAUUAUUAAUAUUACUGGCCAGGGACACCUGAGUAUUGGCGCCCCGUCAAAAAAGGUUUGACAAAAUUAUCAAAGGUGCAUAUCGAGUUACCCAGACCGGAACUGAGACAGUUUGUUUGGGCUCUUUCUUAGCAGGCAAGUAGCAUACUAAGAAAGAGACUUAUACUUAUCAAACUUAUCCCAUAAAAAAGUGUUUGAAUAAUGAUGACAAGCUUUGAAAGUUUAAGUAGGAUGUUGACACUACUUCAAUUUUUUAUUAGAGCACUAUGUUAAUAUCUAAAAUAAAAUACAGUUAGAAA